AUGGAAACCUUCUUUAGGCGUCACUUUGGGAGGAAGGGACCGCAGCGUGCCAGCGCAGUGGCCGUGCCCACGGGCAAGGCCAGGCGACGCUCCCAAGCAGGGCUGCCCUCCGGCCGCCUCGCAGGAGCGGAAGCAGGCUGUGUGCUUUGCACAUAUUUCUCCUCCCCUGAUCUAAUAGCCAGCCUUCUUGUGUCUUCCAGGAAAGCUAUUGCCAAAUCCAGCCUCCAGCACAUGGUAGCCCAGCCAAACCCUGCACUAGCCUUGAGGAGCGACUCGGAGAGGCAGAUACGCAGCACUGUAGACUGGAGCGAGACUGCUGUCUAUGGGGAGCACAUCUGGUUUGAGGCCAAUGUCUCUGGGGACUUCUGCUAUGUUGGGGAGCAGAACUGCAUGGCGAAGCUGCUGCAAAAACCUCUCUCCAGGCGUAAGUGUGCAGCCUGCAAGAUCGUAGUGCAUACACCUUGCAUCGAACAGCUGGAGAAAAUAAAUUUCCGCUGCAAACCUUCCUUCAGGGAGUCAGGAUCCCGGAAUGUACGGGAGCCUAUCGUCGUCCGGCAUCACUGGGUACACCGGAGGCGGCAGGAAGGGAAAUGCCGGCAAUGUGGCAAGGGUUUCCAGCAGAAGUUUGCCUUCCACAGUAAAGAGAUUGUAGCCAUCAGCUGUUCCUGGUGCAAGCAAGCGUAUCACAGCAAAGUGUCGUGUUUCAUGCUGCAACACAUCGAAGAGCCCUGCUCGCUGGGGGCUCACGCUGCUGUUGUCAUUCCUCCCACCUGGAUUCUGCGGGUCCGACGGCCCCAGAAUCCACUGAAAUCUAGUAAGAAGAAGAAGAGGACUUCAUUCAAGCGGAAAUCCAGCAAAAAGGGGGCUGAGGAAGGAAGGUGGAAGCCCUUUGUCAUCAAGCCCAUGCCAGCUCCUCUCAUGAAGCCCUUGCUGGUGUUCGUGAACCCCAAGAGCGGUGGGAAUCAGGGAGCCAAGAUCAUCCAGUCCUUCAUGUGGUAUCUCAACCCACGGCAAGUUUUCGACCUCAGCCAGGGUGGCCCCAAGGAGGCGCUGGAGCUGUACCGCAAGGUCCACAACCUCCGGAUCCUGGCAUGCGGGGGAGACGGCACGGUGGGCUGGAUACUCUCCAUUCUGGACCAGUUACGCCUCAACCCACCUCCUCCUGUGGCCAUCCUCCCUUUGGGGACAGGGAACGACUUGGCCAGGACGCUGAACUGGGGUGGGGGUUACACAGAUGAGCCUCUGUCCAAGAUCCUGUCACACGUGGAAGAUGGGAACAUUGUGCAGCUUGAUCGCUGGAACCUCCAUGUGGAGCCAAACCCUGAUGCAAACCCUGAGGAAAAGGAUGAGGCUGCUACCGAGAAGCUCCCCUUGGAUGUCUUUAAUAACUAUUUCAGCCUUGGCUUUGAUGCACGGGUAACUCUGGAGUUCCAUGAAUCCCGAGAGGCCAACCCAGAGAAGUUCAACAGCCGGUUUCGGAAUAAAAUGUUCUAUGCUGGGACAGCUUUCUCCGACUUCCUCACUGGGAGCUCCAAAGACUUGGCGAAGCACGUCAAGUUGAUUUGCGAUGGGACAGACCUGACCCCCAAGAUCCAGGACCUGAAGCCUCAGUGCCUGGUCUUCCUGAACAUCCCCAGGUACUGUGCAGGCACCAUGCCCUGGGGAAAUCCUGGGGAACACCAUGACUUUGAGCCACAGCGCCACGAUGACGGCUGCAUUGAAGUUAUCGGCUUCACCAUGACGUCCCUGGCUGCCUUGCAGGUCGGUGGCCACGGGGAGCGGCUGUACCAGUGCCGGCAGGUGGUUCUCACCACAUCCAAGGCCAUCCCCAUGCAGGUAGAUGGAGAGCCCUGCAAGUUGGCGGCUUCCUGCAUCCACAUCUCUCUGCGCAACCAAGCCAACAUGGUGCAGAAGACCAAGCGGCGCAACUCCAUGCCUCUGCUGAAUGACCAGCAGCCAGUGCCCGAGCGGCUGCGGAUCCGGGUGAGCCGAAUCAGCAUGCGCGACUACGAGGCACUGCACUACGACAAGGAGAAGCUCAAGGAAGCCUCUGUGCCGCUGGGGAUCAUCGUGGUUCCAGGAGACAGCGACCUGGAGUUGUGCCGGACCCAAAUUGAGAGGCUGCAGGAGCAGGGAGAUGGAGCCAAACCGAAGACUCUGUCGUCCCAGAAGCUGUCGCCCAAGUGGUGCUUCCUUGACUCAACCACAGCUGAUCGGUUCUACAGGAUAGACCGCGCACAGGAGCACCUCAACUAUGUGACAGAGAUCUCUCAGGACGAGCUCUAUGUGCUGGACCCAGAGUUGGUGAUCACCCAGACCGUGGGCACCUCGCCUGCCAUGCCUGACCUUGUUGACUCGUCUGCCGCACCCACUGGGCACCAUUUUGCAUUCCCCUCCUCUUCCUCCUCUCCACCCUCCUCUCCUGCCCCCAGCGCUGAGCCUGAGGUCUGCCUCCUGCACAAAGAUGACCUGAUAGAAGCUGCCAAGAGCGGUAACUUCAGCAAGUUCCAAGAGCUGCACCGGGCUGGAAGUGACCUGAUGGUGCGAGACUCCUCGGGCCAGACCAUCCUCCACCAUGCCGUCAAAUCAGGGAGCAAGGACAUCGUCAAAUACAUCAUCGAGAAUGCCCCUUCAGAAAUCCUCGAUGCCACGGAGGAGGAGAACGGCGAAACCAGCUUGCACCAGGCUGCAGCCUUACGCCAGCGCACUAUCUGCCACUACAUCGUGGAGGCCGGGGCUUCGCUCAUGAAGACGGACCUGCAGGGGACGGCAGGGGGGGGAGACACCCCCAAGCACCGGGCUGAGAAAGCCAAUGACCCCGACUUAGCUGCCUACCUCGAGAACCGACAGCACUACCAGAUGAUCCAGCGCGAGGACCAGGAGACAGCUGUGUAG